ACUCAGCUUCCCUUGUGGGCAGAGACCAGCUGGGCCUUGGGCCUCCUGCAGAGAUGCUGGGCCCCCAGGUCUGGUCAUCUAUAAGGCAGGGGCUGAGCAGGGGCUUGUCCAGAAACAUGAGGGGCUGGGCCUCAGGGGAGGGGAGGAAGGUGGACAUUGCGGGCAUCUAUCCCCCUGUGACCACCCCCUUCACUGCCACCGCAGAGGUGGACUAUGAGAAACUGGAGGAGAAUCUGCACAAACUGGGCACCUUCCCCUUCCGAGGCUUUGUGGUCCAGGGCUCCAAUGGCGAGUUCCCCUUCUUGACCAGCAGUGAGCGCCUGGAGGUGGUGAACCGUGUGUGCCAGGCUCUACCGAAGGACAAGUUCCUGUUAGCUGGCUCUGGCUGCGAGUCCACUCAAGCCACAGUGGAGAUGACCGUGAGCAUGGCCCAGGUUGGGGCCGACAUUGCCUUGGUGGUGACCCCAUGCUACUAUAGGGGCCGCAUGAGCAGCAGCGCCCUUAUUCACCACUACACCAAGGUUGCUGACCUUUCCCCAAUUCCUGUGGUGUUGUACAGUGUCCCAGCCAACACUGGGCUGGACCUGCCUGUGGAUGCAGUGGUCACGCUUUCCCAGCACCCAAAUAUCGUGGGCAUCAAGGACAGUGGUGGUGAUGUGACCAGGAUUGCACUGAUUGUUCACAAGACCAAGAGGCAGGAUUUCCAGGUGUUGGCUGGAUCGGCUGGCUUCCUGCUGGCCAGCUAUGCUGUGGGUCUUUGGGUUAAGGUUGGAUUUGCACCCUGGGGUAGAGAGGAUGGGAAGUAUCUGUUCCCUUCAGCUGGAUCCCCAGCAGGUAGAUAGAUUGGGUUACUUUCCCAUGCUGCAGGGAAAAUGCUUAAAAAUUGCACUUGCUGCAGGGGGCAGUGAUGGUUCCUAUCUUCUCUGGUCUCCACAGACUCUGGCUUGUUGUAUAGGUCCUUACACAUCUUUCCUCUGCCAUGUCACUAUCUUUAAAUUGCAGGGGAAGAAUCAGAAGGGGACCCAUGUAUGCCUCAUUCCUGAGAGUAGGGUAGAUUAUAAGAACACAGGGUCUGGAGGUCAGGGAGUCUGAGCUAGGAUCUCAGCCCUGCCAUUUAGUCACUGAGUACUGCUGAGUAAGGCACUCACCCUCUCUGGGCCCAAGUUUCUACUCUGUAAAGCAGGGAGGUGUUGUGAGAAUUCAAAAGGGUCAUCCCUGUGUCUGCAUGGCGGCCAGCACAUAGGAGGAAUCAGUAAACAGCAGCAAUAUUAGCUUAUUACAGAUUUCCUGCUCUCUAUUCUUGAGGCCACUGUCCUUAAGGUCAAUCCUAACUAGCCUUAAAAAUCAUACUCACAGGCUGGCAGAAGUGGCAGGGCCUUCUGAGAUCACAGCCAGCCCACGUUCAUUGCCCAGAUGAGAACAAAGACAAUCAGGAGGUCUAUGAUUGUGCCAGUUCAUGUAGCCAGUAAGAAGAAAUACAUGGUCUCCUGUGUCCAGAGCUCUUUCCAACCCCCACCACUGUGCCAGGCUAAAUUCACUGGGGGGAGUGAUAUUUCAGAAGAGCAAAGGCUUCCCGUCCACUCCACUCCCUUCCAGGACUGCUGAAACCAGAGGAGCAUGAAAGUGUCAACCAGCAGCGGGGUUUUACUCUCAGGGGCUGAGGGUGCAGGGAAGGCAUGUCCUUGAGUCAGUCUUCAGUCUCUCUUCCCUGGCCCUCAGCCUGCGGAACUCCAUUUUGAAUAUGCCAACAGCCUUAGAAAUCUGCACGUGGUGGACUCAGGCUUGCCUUUGACAUGGCCAACCGGUGAUGUAGAAAUCAUAUCCCAUCUCCCCAGAAUAAAGAGGGCUGGGAACUAGGGUUUGGAAUUCUCUGUGAGAAGAGGCUCUAACUGAUGUUCUGC